AUGCAGUUGUCCGGUGUAGCUGGGAUUGCCAGCCUGUUAGUGGUAUCUGCUAUUGCCACCCAAAAUUCAACUUCCUCACUCUCCAAUCUUGUACGCCGACAUCACGACCAUGCCUCGUUCACAAACGUUUACAUAAUGAGGGACAAGGUGGACUACUCGCAAGGAUCUCUUCAGGUUCACAACCCCGACGGCUCUGUCGCUUUUCUAUUUGAUAAGGUUAUGCGAGAUUUUCAAAAUGGGAUAUCCACAACUGUGGUAAUGGACCGGCAUUCUAAACCUCUACUCAGGUUGGAUUCGCAAGGAGACAUCUGCAAGCACAAGUCUUGGUACAUCGAGCCGGACGCCGCCGGGUCAAACCACACUAGGAUAGAAAUUAACCCAAGAUUUUGGAAAGCAGACAGGUGGUAUGUCCAGUGCAGACCUGUCUUACAUUUUGCCUCCAUUGUUGCCAAACCACUCACUGAAUACUAUGCCGCGCAACCCCCAGGAAAAAUUUACAGAAUGAGAAACGGUGAAAAGAACGAACUCUUGGCUGAGCUCGCUGUUGAGUUAGAUCAAGUUCGCUGGGAGCCCUGGUUGACCCCUAGAUCUACAGGCACAGAUACUUUCACUCUGUCUUGCACUGCAGAUGCCCCCGUGGUAUGUGCUCGUGAUUAG